UGCAAAUUCAUUUCUUCAGCACAUUCUACUAGACUGAGUCAUAAGAAUGGCCACUUUAGGGUUGGAGAUACUAGGAGUCACACUAGCCAUGUUAGGCUGGAUUGUUGGCAUUGUGUCCUGUGCGUUGCCCAUGUGGAAAGUCACAGCUUUCAUCGGGGUGAAUAUUGUAACAGCGCAGACCAUCUGGGAAGGAAUCUGGAUGAGCUGUGUUGUUCAGAGCACCGGACAGAUGCAAUGCAAAGUCUACGACUCGAUGUUGGCGCUCAGCUCAGACUUACAGGCGGCCCGAGCUCUCUGCGUGAUCACCAUCGUGAUGGGAGUGCUCGGGCUCCUGCUCGCCAUCAUGGGGGCCAAGUGCACUAGAUGCGUGGAAGAGGAGCGCGUCAAGGCCCGAGUUAUGAUCACUGCUGGGGUCACCUUCAUUUGCGCGGCAGUCAUGCUCUUGAUCCCUGUGUGUUGGUCUGCUCACAGUAUCAUCAGGGACUUCUACAACCCCAUCAUCAUCGAGGCUCAGAAAAGGGAGAUUGAAGUCAUGUCUUUAGGGUUGGAGCUUGUCGGUAUUGUGUUAGGUGUGCUGGGAUGGCUCUUGGCCAUCGUGGCUUGCACUCUCCCUAUGUGGAGGGUAACAGCCUUCAUCGGCUCCAACAUUGUGACGGCUCAGAUCAUCUGGGAUGGAUUGUGGAUGUCCUGUGUAGUCCAGAGCACUGGACAGAUGCAAUGUAAAGUCUACGACUCCAUGCUGGCUCUCUCUCAGGAUCUCCAGGCAGCUCGAGCCCUGACUGUCAUCUCCAUCCUUCUCACAGUCCUGGCUGUGCUGGUGUCCAUCGGAGGAGCAAAGUGCACCAACUGCAUUGAGGAUGAGUCUUCCAAAGCGAAAGUCAUGAUUGUAGGAGGUGUGCUUUUCAUCGUGGCCGGGUUGAUGCAGCUCAUUCCUGUGUCCUGGUCUGCCAACAGCAUUAUCCGGGACUUCUACAACCCUUUGCUGCCUGAUGCCCAGAGAAGGGAGCUCGGGGCCGCACUGUACAUUGGCUGGGCAGCAGCUGUGCUCUUGAUCAUGGGGGGCUCGUUGCUCUGUUGCUCCUGCCCUCCACAGGAGAAAAAGUACAACCCAUCUAAAAUGCCGUACCCUGCGUCUCGCUCCACAGCUGGUGGUGGGUAUGACAGAAGAGACUAUGUAUGAAAUAAAGAAAGGAGAACUCUUAUUUCACAGUUGCAGUGUUCGAUAUGGGGCGUCAUUUUCCAGAAGAGGGAAAAUAUGCCACCCAGACUCCAUCAUGAGGGAUCAUGUUUGAUUAAAUUGUUUGAUGUUUGUUCUGUUGGUCUCUAUGUAAGUAUGUGUUGAGUAUUAAGACUCUGUCUUAAGACUUUAUCUGAAAAAUCUCAACAAAACUUGAUUUUCUAAACUGAAGCUGACUUUACAGUUGCUAGUCAUUUGCUUUUAUGUCGAACGGCUAGGAUUAGGAAAGAUUUUCUAACCUUGAUUUGCUUGGGCACUUUUCUGAACAUAAAUGUUUACUUUGUGCUGACUUGUUUGAGAAUUUUCACUUUUUUUACUUUUCCGAUAUACUCUCUUGAUAUACACUGUUUACUUUUAAAUUCGAUUUCCACUGUACAGUUCUAAUUUAAUGUUUUAUAUUGUAAAUGAUGCAUACUGUAAUUUGUAUGUCAUUAUUAUUUAUACAGUAUUUUCAUUGAAUGCAUAAGAAAAAAAAUUCUAAUUCAGUUUUAGAAAUUG